AUGUCUACCGAAGCUGACAAACCCGCUCCCGUCGAGGGAGAUGCUGCUAAGGUCCCUGCACCUUCCGCUGCCGAACCUGGAAAAGCACCCGAGCCUGAAAAGCCCGUCGAAGCUGAAAAGGCUUCCGAACCUAAAAAAACUCCUGACGCUGACUCGUCAGCCGACAAUGCGGACAAGGGCGACGGCUGGCAGACGGUGACGUCACGCGAGAGACGAGAUGGCAACAGGGGGCAUUGGAGGGGACGAGGCCGCGGAGGCAGGGAUUCGCACCACCAUCACGGAGGUGGUAACCACCACGGCGGAAAUCGCAAUGCAGGUGGUUACAGACGUUCGCACGGCCAUGGAGGAGGAUCCGGCGCACCCGGAGGCUCCGUCGACAAAUCGGGCGGUGCAGGUAGAGGCGGUGUUGCCGGCAAAGGCGGCGCGGUCGCCGCCGCCAAAUCCGGCGGCGCUGCUGGUGCUGCUGCUGCGGCAGCUCCCCCUGCUGGAGCUGCUUCGGCGGACGUCAACGCCGCUGCCGGAGCGGCCGGAGCUUCUGGCGCAACGGAAGGCGCAGCGAAGGCCGGGGAUGGCGGAGAUGGCGGAAGCGCGACGGCUGGCGCAGCGGGUCAGAAAGCCGGAAGUGAUUCCAACGAGGGGAAAGGCGCAAGCGGAGGGGGCGCAGGAGGGGGUGCGCACGGGCACGGGCACGGACAUGCGCACGGGCAUGGGCAUGGGCAUGGGCAUGGGCACGGCAAGGGCUCGGUGUGGCAGGUUAAGGGGAAGCCUGGAAAAGGGGUAUGGGCGCAGGUGGUUAAGAGUGAGCCAGGCAAGGCUCGGACGCACCCCGGGCCUGAUGAGGGGUUAGCUUCGCUCGUGCGAGGUUCGGACGCAGCUGGAGACGCGCCGGCGAGUGCCGAGCCUGCGACGCAGGCUGGGGGGAAGGCUGGUGGGGCGGAUACCAAAGCGGGAUCGGAAUCAGCGAAACAGGGUGGGGGGAGGGGCGGGAAUGCAGGCUCGAGGGGGCAGAAGGGUGGUGGAGGGAGGGGGGAAGGGGGAGGGAAGGGAGGCAAGGGCGGCAAGGCAUGGCAUAAGGAUAAGGACAAAAAGGAGGAGAAGAAGGAGGAGAAGAGAGACGAGAAGGAGGAUACCGAGAAGAACAAGGAGAAGGAGAAGGGGAGCGAGGACAAGGAGAGUGCUAGUGGCAGUGCGAAGGAGGGCGGGGAGGGUAAGGGCUCGAAAGGAGGGGGACACGGAAAGAAGGACGGGAAGUCGGAUCAGAAAGAGCAGAAGGAUCAGAAAGAGGGGAAAGAGCCUAAGGAGCACAAGCCGCCGAAGCAGGCGUGGCGCAAGCACAACAGGGACGGCGAGAAGGGCGGGGCGGCGGCUGCCGCGGCCGUGGUGAUGGGCGCAGGCGCGACGGCGUGGCCUGCGCUCUCCGAGGCGGACGCUGCUGCUGCGCGCGCGGCGGAAAACGGCAAGGGCACGGGCGGGGAUGAUAAGGCCAAGCCUGCUGCUGGUCUCGCUAUAAUCGCAAACGAAGGCGACAAAUCGUCUGCUGCCACGUCAGACAAGCAGAGCGGCGCAGCGGCGGUUACAGCAGCAGACGCAGCCAGAAAGGCUGGCGCUGCUGACGUGGCAGUUGUGAGCGUGCGUGAGCUGAAUGCAGGGCAAUACAAGCGCGGGGGGCAUCAGGGGGGCGGGGGGGCGCACCAUGGCAGAAGGGGGGGAGGCGUGGGCGGAGGGGGAUACCAGAGGCGCGCGCAUGUGGGCCCCGCACAGGGGGGGAACGGCGAGGGGAAGCCUCAGGGCGGCGCUGGGCGCGGGCAGGGGGGGCAGCAGGGGCAGGCGCAGCAGCGGAAGCAGCAGCCUGUGGGACAGGCGCAGCAGCAGCAGCCGCAGGGGCAGCAGGGACAGGCGCAGGGGCAGGGGCAGACGCAGGGGCAGGCGCAGGGGCAGGGGCAGGGGCAGAAGCAGCACGGGCAGGGGGGGCAUGGGGGGAUGGGUGGGGGCGGGCGCGGGGGGCACAUGCGCGGGCAGGGGAGGGUGGUGGUAGUGGCGGACGAUCCCCCCCUGACGGAGUUCGUGGCUGCUGGGCCCAGGAGGUCCGCGGCUGCCAUGGCCAAUGGCAUGGGCAGCAGCUAUGGCUACCCCAUGGUCGUGGGAGCCAACGGUCCCUACUACAUGCAAUACCGCAUGCCGCCUGUCCCGGUUGACCCCAUGUCGGGCCUCCGCCCUGCUCUCACGAAGCAGAUCGAGUACUAUUUCAGCAUUGAGAAUCUGUGUCGCGAUCUUUUCCUUCGGUCUAAAAUGGACUCUGAGGGGUUCAUUCACGUCGACGUUAUUGCGGCCUUCAACAGGGUGCGCAUGCUCACACUUGACAAGCCCUUCAUUCUCACCUGCCUUGCCAACUCCACGUCAGUCGAAGUGCAGGGCGAGAAGCUGAGGAGGCGCAGUGACUGGAGCAACUGGCUACUGCCCACGGGGCACAUGCAGGCUGUCGUUCCGCACUCAGAGGGCGCAGGAGAAGGGGGAGAGGGCGGGAAGAAGGGUGGAGAGCAAGGGGAGGGGGAGAAGGAGGCUGAUGGUACCACUUCUGAUAAAGCUCCUGCUGCUGGUGACAAGGACGGGCAGGAAAAAGAUUCCGAAGGCGAAAAGAAAGAAACUCCUGACGCUGCUGCUGCUACUGCUGCCGCUGCCACCGCUGGUGCUACAGCUGCUGCUGCUGGUGCCGAUGCAGGUCCCUCUUCCCCUGCUGCUACUCUUCUAUUCGCCCCUCGAAACAUCCCCUCAGCAGCAGAUGGGGAGGCUGAUGAUGAAGGGGAGGAGGAAGGGGGAGGUCAGCGGGCAAAUCGCGAGGGCACUCCUGCUAGGAGCGUCGGGAAGCGGCGUGGCAGCAGUGUUAAACGGGUGUCUUCGGGACGCUACUCCGCAAGCAAGUCUGGGGGCCUUUCGGCUGCGUUUGCCGCCGAAGCUGCAGGUUCGGUGGGCCGAACCGAGGGGCUAGGCUCGCUGCCGGGCCUGGCUGGGAAGGUGGCCGCGGCGAUUGAGGAGGCUGGGAAGGGGUCGGAGGGGGGGAAGAGUAAGGAGGAGAGGGAGAGGGAGAAGGGGAAGAGGGCUGCAGAGGAGAGUGAGGCGUUGACUGAGGCGAGUGAAGCAGAGGACACGUUUCAGUUCAGUGGGGACGAGCUUGGGGAGGGGAAGAAGAGGGCGGGCAAGCCCAGGAGGAAGCAGCGUGCCAGAUCAGAAGAGGAUACAACAGAUGACUCUGACUUCAACGACGUGAAUCCCAGCCUCAAGAACCUCGUUAUUGUCACACAGAGGCGCCCGGGCCAGGGCGGUGCGCUUCAGCAGCAGCAGCGUGGCAGUGUGAGGCGCAGCCAGGGCAGGGAGGAGGGGGCGAGUGGCAGCAGCUACGAGGGCGGGUCUUCCCUGGGUCCCAACUACCGAGCCAGCAGGCUGUCUGCAGAGAAGGGCGAGCAGUCAGGGACGGACGGGGAGGGGCCUGGCAGGUUCCACAUGGGCAGUCAGGGCAGCACCGGCAGCCCAGACAACUUCAGCUCUCACGUUGCCCGCGGCCCCAGGGCACGCCACCCCCAGCAGCAGCGCGCGUCCUGGACCCCUGGGAUCGCCCACAUGACUGCAGCAGCCGCUGCUGCUGCCGCCGCAGCAGGAGGAGGAGCAGGAGCAGCAGGAGGAGCAGGAGCGGUGGGGGUGGGGGCAGGGAGGGCGCAGCCAGUGCCUGUGUGGAGGCCGGGGUUGGGGGGGCUGCCUCCGAAUGCGGUGGAGUUGGGGGGCAGCAGUUGGAGGAGCACCAGCAGCUUCGGAUCGCCACAGCUCAUGGCGUUUUACUUUGGGGCCACCCCGCCUGGCUCCUACAGGGGUGGGGGUCUGGGCAGGGAGGGCAGGGGGGUUGGGGGGGCUGCCUCCGAAUGCACUGGAGUUGGGGGGCAGCAGUUGGAGGAGCACCAGCAGCUUUGGAUCGCCACAGCUCAUGGCUUUCUAUUUCGGAGCCACCCCCCCUGGCUCCUACAGUACCCCUCUGUCCCCCUUUUCCACCUCUUUGCACCGUUUUUCACCCCUCUGGACUGCAGUGGAUCGGCUGCCUCCUCCCUCUCUAGCUCCUGGGGCAUGCCUGCUGGGCUGGCCAUGCUUCACCAGCAGCAGCAGCAGGGGGAGAAGAAGGAGAAGGAGAAGGAGAAGGGGGAGGAAGCAGGGAAACAGUCAGGGGACUCAAAGGAGGGCGAGAAGAAAGACGGCGAGAAGGAGGCAGAUGCAGGGAAGGAGGGUGUGAAAGAGAAGGACCAGAAGCGGGGCAAGGGGGGAGGACUCCUAAGCCCACCCAAGGGCGUCACUCCCCUCCCCUUCGCCCCUGGCUCUGCCCCUACGGGUAGUAUGAUGCAUAUGGCGGCAGCGGGAGGGCGGCACAGGGACCGGGGGAGGGGAGUGGUGGGAUCGGUUGGAGGGAAGGGGGGAGCGGGGCUGCUGUCGGCUAGUCUGGGGUAUGGAGGGCAGCAGCACCAGCACGUCAGCCACGCGUUGCUGGAGGAGAAUGGAUUCAAGCAGCAGAAGUACUUCUCCUUCUACAAGAGGUGUCUCAAGGAGCGCAAGAAGCUCGGCAGUGGUCGCUCUGAGGAAAUGAAUACUUUGUUUCGCUUCUGGUGCUACUUCCUGCGGAAGAACUUCAACCAGCAGAUGUACGACGACUUCAAGAGGCUCGCCUCUGAGGACGCGGCUUCCAAGUACUACUACGGCAUGGAGUGCCUCUUCCGCUUCUACAGCUACGGGCUGGAGUCCAAGUUCGAGGAGCCCAUGUAUGUCGACUUCGAGCAGCUCACUCUGGACAUGUACCAGCGGGACGGGAACCUGUACGGGCUCGAGAAGUACUGGGCGUACCACUUUUACCGCAAGGACAAGGACACGCGGGAGGUGAAGAAGCACCCUGAGCUCGAGAAGAUUCUCACCGAGAAGUUCCGAACCAUGGCUGACUUUAGGGCUGCCAAGGAUGCUCAGAAACGCGCCCUGGCUGAAGCCCAGGCCAAGGCGAAGGGGGAGAAAGCGGGUGGGGAGAAGGGGGGAGGGGAGACGGGGGAGAAGGAGAAGGUGGAAGGAGGGAAGGAGGGGAAGAAAGGAGAGGGGGAAGGCGCUGCUGCUGCAGAGGCAGGAGGUGGGGCCGUGGAGGGAGGAGCAAAGGGGGAGGACGGAGGGAAAGAGGGAGGUGUAGCAGAUAAGGCAGAGGACGGCGGAGCAGCAGCAGCAGCAGCAGCAGCAGCAGAGUCAACAACAUAG